AUGGCCAGGGCCAGAACACUGACUACGCGCCCUCGAUCGGCCGCACGGCCAGCCAGACCAGCCCGGGCCAGGCCCGCACCGCCAGCCGCAACACCAGCCGCACCGCCGACCACACCGCCGGCCGCACCGCCAGCCGCACUGCCGCCAGCCGCACCGCCGCCAGCCGCACAAGUGGCCGCACCAGCCGGCCCCCCAAGGCUAGCCGGAACACCGCCGCCAGCCGAAACACCGCCGCCACCGGCCGGGACACCACCACUUGCGUGGACGCCGCCGCCGCCCAUCACCAGGCUCUCCGGCCGACCCCGCCGCCGAAACAGGCAAACACCCCGCCCGGGCAUCCGCCCAACGAGGCCGGUAGCCACCGCCGCAGCCAGCCUGGCCACCGCCGCAACCCCCGCCGCAGCCAGCCUGGCCGCCGGAGGCAGCCAACCCGCCGCCACGACCAGCCGCCCCGCCGACGCACCAGCACCAGAGGCCGUUACCGUUACCACCGGGAGGACGGACGAGGCCGUCCUCUACUGCGAGGGCCUCUCCCAGCAACGGCCCACGCACGUCACCCUCGCCAACGGGAUCACGUUGGCUAUCGGUCGGCUCCGGACGGGCCGCGUCUGCGUCCGGGCCAUCCUCGGGCCCGCACCGCCACAGGCCCCGCCGGGCCCCGACACACCAGCAUCCGACGCCGGACCAUAA